AUGAGACUAAACCUAACGAAGUGCGCCUUCGGUGUGUCUUCGAGUAAGUUUCUCGGUUUUAUGAUCAGUCAGAGAGGAAUCGAAGCCAAUCCCGAGAAAAUCAGAGUCAUAAUCGACAUGGAGAAGCCGAAGACGCAGAAGGACAUUCAAAGUCUUACCAGACGUGUCGCUGCCUUAACGCGCUUCAUCUCCAAGGCCACCGAUAAAUCUGUACCAUUCUUUAAAGCCUUGAAAGGGGGCAAACAGAAUAUCACAUGGACUGCUGAAUGCGACAAGGCAUUUCAAGACCUAAAGAACUAUAUGAGCAGAGCACCAUUGUUGUCGAAGCCGCUCCCAGGAGAGGUUCUGUUUCUCUAUGUCUCGGUAUCUAGUACUGCCGUCAGUUCAGUAUUGGUACGCAUACCAGAAAAGACAGAGCUACCGAUAUUUUAUGUCAGCAAAGCGCUGCAGAGCGCAGAGCUUCGGUAUCCCCCCUUGGAGCAGCUAGCAGUAUCCCUCGUUAUCUCAGCCCGAAGGCUCCGCCCAUACUUCCAAGCGCACGAGAUCACGGUUGUAAUUAAUCAACCGCUUCCGCAGGUAUUACAAAAGCCAGAAACAUCCGGCAGGCUAAUUAAAUGGGCGAUCGAGCUCAAGGAGUUUGACAUAAAGUUCAAACCAAGGCCUGCCGAGAAGGGGCAGGCUGUGGCCGACUUAAUUUUCGAGCUCACACCUCCAGCACCAUCGGCACCAAUAGUUCCGAACGUUGAAACCGUGGAGCCAGAAAAGUUGAAUGCCGAACGCUUUGAUCCUUCCAUUCCUGUAUGGAUCCUGCACGUCGACGGCUCGGCAAAUCAACAAGGGUGUGGGGCCGGUCUAGUGUUGACUACUCCUGACGGAUCAAAGGUCGAAUAUGCCCUCCGAUUCAACUUCAGAACCUCCAACAACACUGGUGCCCUAGGCCUUCGGCCGGUACCACACUGGUGCCCUAGGUCUUACCGAGCGUUCGCUAUCUUGCAGAUCGCACGCCCUACUGAGGCCUAG